AUGAACUUCUCAACAAAGUUGGCAAUGAACAACGGGAUGAGCAACUAUGUGUUUGUUGCAUAUCGCAACAUACCCGCAUGUCUGGUCAUUGCACCAUUUGCGGUUUAUCGUGAAAGGAGAGAAACUAUAAACAUAACUGCUAAACCAAGCCAAACAAAAAUAUUGGGCACAAUCAUAACUGUUUUAGGUACCUUGGUGAUGACUCUAGUUAAAGGUCCAGUCUUAUUUGGGAAGGUUGGAGCCAUUAGCCUUAGUCAUCACCAUAAUGGUUUCCAUACAAUUCUUGAAGUGGUGUUCAUCUUGUUAUCAACUCUAAGCAAUGCUACUUCAAACAUCUUUCAGGGUAUAUUUUGCUCGGGGCUAGAUUUUUACUUGCGAGGACAAGUAAUGCAAGCUAGAGGUCCCGUAUUCGGAACCAUGUUUAAUCCUGUGUGCAUGAUCUUGGUUGCUAUGUCAGGCUACUUCUUUCUUGACAAGCAACAAUUCUUAGGAAGGGUGAUAGGUGCACUAAUCAUCUGUUCGGGUCUCUACUUUGUUGUAUGGGGGACAAACAAAGAUAAUGAACUUAGGCGCCAAGCCCAAGAGAAUGCAAAUGCAAAUGCGGUGGCAAAUCCAUAG